AUGGAGAACUCCAGCCUGUCGGGCUUCACGGACCUCAUGUCGGGCACCGUGCAGCGCGCGGUGGAUUACUUCCCACGGGGACCGGUGGCCGUGUUCCGUGAAGGCAGCGCGCUCGGCACCGGAGCCGAGCUGAUGGCGGCGCCCCUCUGGAGCUCCUCCUCACGUGGUGCACGCGUCGUGAUGACCAUCUCGUCCACGCUGCUCGCGCUCGUGCUGAUGCCGCUGUGCCUGUGGAUCUACAGCCGCGCGUGGAUCAACACGCCGGUGGUCGACCUGAUGCCGUUCGGCGCCAUCAUCCUCACGCUGGGCAGCACCCUCAUCCCCAUCGGGCUCGGGGUCGUGCUGAGGUACCGCAGCGCGCGCGUGGCCGACCUCGUGUUGAAGGUGUCCCUGUGGUCUCUGCUGGUCACCCUGGUGCUGCUCUUCGUGCUGACCGGCGUGAUGCUCGGCCCGGAGCUGCUGGCCACCAUCCCGCCGUCCGUGUACGCCGUGGCGGUCCUGAUGCCGCUGUGCGGCUACGGCGCCGGCUACGGGCUCGCCGCGCUCUUCGAGCUGCCGCCCAGCAGCCGGCGCUCCGUCUCCUUGGAGACGGGCUGCCAGAACGUGCAGCUGUGCACCGCCAUCCUGAAGCUGGCGUUCCCGCCGCAGCUGAUGGGCGCCAUGUACAUGUUCCCGUUGCUGUACGCCCUGUUCCAGGCGGUCGAGGCCGGCGCCUUCAUCCUGGCCUACCGGAUGUACGGGCAGCCGGACCCCCCGCGGGGGGGCGGCGGCGAGGACUCGGGCAUCACGUACCAGAGGUUCCAGGACGACGGGGAACCGGACUCCUUUCUGGGCGUGGCGACGGCGAGCGUCACGCUGGAGCCUUGCCCCUCCCACCCCACGCCGGUCUGA